GUCUCGCGCUCAACGUUGAUAGAGCAAUAGUUGGAAACGUAGAUGUUAGGAGUGAUUGAAAGAACAUUUAAAAGCGUUUUCGUUGUUGGACAUUGUUGUCUCGGCUUUUCUGAGAAACUUGUGUCUGUUGGUUUUGCUGUCGUUUUAUAGGACUGGCAAGAAGAGAAGACAAAAUGAAAUACAUUAUAGGAAUUGGCGGAGUAACUAAUGGUGGCAAAACCACUCUGACAAAUAAACUGAUCAAGACUUUACCCAACUGCUGUGUUGUGCACCAGGAUGACUUCUUCAAGAAACCUGAUCAGAUAGAAGUUGGGGAGGACGGCUUUAGACAAUGGGAUGUGAUCACUGCUCUGGAUACGGAGGCCAUGACCAACACUGUAAAAGGAUGGAUUGAGAACCCAGUGAAGUUUGCCCGUUCUCACGGUGUCACGCUGUCGCAGACCACUGACGUGACCAAUCCUGAUGAUCAGAUCCACAUCCUGAUCAUAGAGGGCUUUCUGCUGUACAACUACCGGCCCUUGUUGGAUGUUUUCAACAAGUGCUAUUACCUCACCAUUCCUUAUGAGGAGUGCAAGAGGAGAAGAAGUACAAGACAAUACACUGUCCCUGACCCUCCUGGUCUGUUCGAUGGCCAUGUGUGGCCUAUGUACUUGAGGCACAGGAAGCAGAUGGAGGACAGCGGCUUGAAUUUCGAGUACCUGGAUGGUCUGAAAUCCAAAGAAGACAUCUACAAUCAGGUGUAUGAGGACAUUCAGAACAAGCUGCUCAAUUGUUUAUAGCAGCAGGAAUACUCAUCUCCAUCACCUGUACAGAAGAUGUAAAUAGUCCCAAGGAUUUUUUUUUUUAAUUUUAUUUUUGUAAAUAUAACAAAACAAUGUUAACUUAUAGCUACCUUUUUAUUAUCUUUAGAUAAUCGGUGAUUUUUGUUUUACCUCAAAUUGAUUGGUAAGAUCAUUACUAUGUUACUGUUAAAAUGCUUUAUUGUACUGGACCAUUAUCUGCACAAUGCUUUCUUCUAAAAUUAAAUUGGAUGCCGUACACAAAG